AUGGCAGAACCUAUUGGCAUAGCUUCUGGCCUAGUGGCUUUGGCUACAGACCUUGAAUGCGAAACCGAUACAAACCUCGCUAGCCUCGAACAUCCCCUCCUUCGUUGUGGAAAUGCCUGCAGAGAUUUUGAAGAGGAGCUUAAGAAAUGUUCGACGCGAUCUCGCGCCGGCAAAACGAGCUUUCGAGACUGGGCCAAAUUAAAGUACAUGGGCGAAGAUAUUGAUGGUUUCAGACGAAUGUUAGCUGGUUAUAAAUCAACUAUCAUCAUUGCCCUCACUGAUGCAAAUCUCCGACAGUCCUCUAUCGCAGCUGAUAGCCUUGAAAGCUAUAAGGAAAUGAUUGAAACCACCACCGAUGAUCUCGAAACUCAUUUAGAGAGUAUCGACGAAAAGCUGGAGAAUAUUAUCGCCAAGAAUACGCAAGACUCAAGCACGGACGCCAGGGAAAUUCAGCUAAUGGAGGAGGAACGCCUAAGCACCCAAAAAUGUCUCGAAAUAUGUGCACAGUUAUCAAGUCACAUUGAUCAGAUUCAACAAUUACGGAAAGCUCGUGAUAACUCCACCGAUUCUGUCAGUUCGAGCAAUAUACCCGAAAGGGUCACCAACGAGGGUUUGCAGGAAUGCAAAAAUAGCCUCAUUAACACCGCUGCGAAGCUGGAGAAUCAUCUUAAGAUACUAAUGGACCGAAUUGUGACUAAGUCAAAGACAAGUACAGCCUCUCAGGAGGACAUCGCAGAACUUCUCAGGUUACAAGAAGAGUGGGAGACAACUCGCCAGUGCAUGCAUAUCUGUUCAAAGGCUGGAAUUCAUUUGGGCGAAAAUGCUAGUACGAUCGAUAAUUAUGCCACUGGCGAUGCCAUUCAAUUCAUGGUCUCUACCAAUGAGAAAAUAAUUCACGGCAGAAAUCGUGGCCUGGGAUGGAGGACGAGGCAAGUUGGGGGCCAUCUUAGUGAUGCAUCGCUUCAACAGUUGUCAAGGGAUAUGACCAGGGUCAAUUUUGCGAAUACCGAUCAUAGGGGCUCGCCUUCAGCAGGGCAUUCCAUGCAAGACGAAGGCUUGGAAGACCAACCUUUAUCGGAAUUCAAAGAUCGUUAUGGCCGAGGCUUUAAGCUAACGACGGAGCGGUCCGCGCCCAAUGUUUCGUCCACAACCGCACCCAAGAAUGAACGAUAG